GGUGCAUCUGCAGGUCUUUCCUCACUACUAAGUCUUUUACAUUGGAAUAUUUUAUCAAAGGAAGCUUCGCUCACGACAAGCUUCUCAAGAUUGGGAAGUGACUGGAAGAAGAAAGGAGGAGGAGCUAAUAAUUGCUCUUGAAUGUGGGUGAGAAGGGGAUGGUAGAAGAGACACAAAAAGCAUUAGAAAAGGCUGAAGCACUCAAGAAGCUCUUUACUAGACAGGAGCCCGUUCUGGAUUCCUCAAAGUACACUGCUGUUGAUGUUUGCACUGUGAGUUCUGUUUUUCUUUCUUUUAGUUUCACAGAAGGAAAGCUAUGAUAAAAGUAGAUAAGAAAACUUAGACACACUUGGAACUUAUUGGGAAAAUAUGAAUUUGAUUUGCAUAAUUAGUGCAUGAAUAGUCCCUUGUCAUAAUUUGAUUUCAGUUUAAUUUUCUUUUAGUUCAUUUGUAUCGUAAUAUUCUAUCUGUUCUAAUCUUUUUGAUCCAAUUUUGUUUCAGACUGAUCAAAAGCUAUGUGUUUGUGAUAUUUUGUGGAGCAUUUUUGAGUGUUUAUGGCAGGUACAUUUUUAAUCUUCUACUUCUUGAUCAUAGCCUUUUAUCUUCUUUCUAGGGGCUUCAAAAAGUUAGUGUUUGGGGUUUCAAGUGCUUCAGCUUUGGACCUGGCUAUUAUACCUCCUUGUUACCAGUAGGCUUUUGGGUCCAGUUUUACGAGGAUAACUCUUGUAGCUACAUAAUGUGCGUCUUUUUCUGUUUUUGUACUUGUAGAUCAUGCAAUUGUUAGAUAAUAAAUAGUUGGGAAACUG